AUGUUGUCGCUUUCCCACUAUCUCGUCGUCUUGCUGAGUCUCUUAAUCUUUUUAACGGUAUUUCCACUUCGUCGUCGACGAAGGCUUGUGGCAAGGCUGCGAGGACCCACGCGGCCUUCGCUUUUGCUUGGUCAUGAAUGGCAGCUGCGUAAUCAAGUUGAGAAACCAGGGGAUCUUGAAAUGCAAUGGUUGCGCCAGUACGGUGGCGCAUAUCGUAUCGGUGGAUGCUUUGGCCAAGAUGUGUUGAUACUGUCCGACCCGAAGGCCUUGCAGUACAUCUUCCAUACCUCGGGAUAUCGAUUCCCCAAAACUGCCGACUCUGACCUAGCAGCGAGAAGCUUGUUUGGGCAAGGGAUGGUCACUGUCGCAGGGAAAAUCCACCAGUGUCAACGAAAAGUCUUAAAUCCGGCGUUCUCGGCUGCACAGCUUCAUCGAUAUCUUAUCCUCUUUCAAACUAGACGACCUCCUCUACUCACUGAUAGACUCAAAAGUGAUAUCAAAAUCAAUGGAAAUGAUGAAAAAGUAGUUGACGUUCUUGAAUGGAUAAAAAGAAUCGCCCUGGACAUCAUUGGUAUAACCUCUUUUCGGUAUCAUUUCAACGCCUUGGACGACGGCGAAGAACAAGCAGAACUAAAAGAUACAUUACACAACCUAAUCAUCGAGUCUCAAACGUCACCAUCCAGCAUCGAACUUCUGUACCCUGCUCUAUGGCGUAUUCUUCCUGAAUUUGCCUCAGAUAUGCUCGAAGGUAUCCCGCUACGAGUCACCCGCCAUUUCCAUCGCUUCAGAGAAUCUUCUCAGCGAGUAGCUCGUGGUAUAUUUCAGAAGCAGCUGAAAGUUGCUGCCCAGGAUGAAGAGAAAGACAUCGUGAAUCUCCUCGCACUAUCGUACUUAAAUCAAGAUGCCAAGAAACGAAUGAGUGACGAUGAGAUCUAUUCUCAGUUGGCGACUUUUAUUUUUGCCGGGCACGACACGACAUCAAACACGACAUCAUGGCUUCUGUACGAACUCAGCCGUCAUCCUGAUGUUCAGCGUCGUAUUCAUCACGAGAUCAGUGAGAUGCGGGAGCGCGAUCCUUCGUCGAGCGAUUAUGAUUCGAUGCCUAUCUUGAAUGCUGCAAUCAAAGAAACACUUAGAUUUCACCCUUUUAUUGCAACGCUGAAUCGGAUUUCCAGUAGAGAAGACGUCCUCCCUCUCUCCGAACCAGUGACUGCGUCAGACGGGAGCAUCAUAUCAGAGAUUCCGAUACCUAAAGGCCAAGUUGUCGUUGCGUCGAUAUACAUCUACAACAGGCUACCGAGUGUCUGGGGAGAAGACGCCGACAAAUGGAACCCGGAUAGAUUUCUUCAACCUCAGCGGCAUAAUCAGACUCCCCUAGGUGUUUAUGCCAAUCUUGCCGCUCUUCGCAAAUGCGAUUCAGUACUUAUUCAAGACGGGUACGGAUACAGUGUCUUGGAAAUGCAAGUAAUCGUGACAGAGCUUCUAAGCUCGUUCAAGUUCAGUCUUCCCGAAGAGGGCUUUGAAGUGAUGCAUGCUUUCGGGGCGCAGGCCAUUUCACCGGUCGUAAAAGGGAAGACUAAAGAAGGAGAGCAGGUACCGCUUCGCGUUACAGUUUGUAAAUUGUAG